UUCAAUUCGUUAAUUUUGGUUUUUUUUUUUUUUUUUUUUUUUUUGUUGUUGUUUGUCUGUUUUUUGUUUUGUUUGUAAGUUAUGAAUACCAUAAUAUCAAAAUUAGAACAAGAUGAUAAAAUAUUGGCAGAACUGGACAAUCAAUUACGUUCAGUAUCGAAUAGAUCAUCUAGAAUUGGUCAUAUAUCAUCAUCAUCAUCGCCACCACCAUUAUUAUUGGAUACAAAUGGUGAUAGUGGUGAUAAACAUUAUCAUCAUCAUCAACAACAACAACAACAAAAUGAAAAGAUUAAUAAAUUAAUAACAACCAAUAAACAUACAUCAUUAUCAUUCGAUAUU